AUGGAAUCAAAUCCUAAAAAUACCACCAAGGUCCUCUUUAGCUACGGCGGCAAACUUCUCCCCCGCUGUCCCGACGGCAAGCUCCGCUACACCGGCGGCCACACCAGAGUCCUGACGCUCUCUCUCCCCAUUUCUUUCUCAGAGUUGAUGGUGAAGUUUGUGGAAUUAUGCGGUUCAUCAGUUACACUGAAGUGUCCUUUACCGAACGGAGAUUUAGAGACGUUGAUUUCAAUCACCAGCGACGAAGAUCUGGCAAAUAUAAUCGAAGAAUACGACCGAGCUUCUUCAUCGUUACCUCAUCCAUUGAAGAUCAGAGCUAUUCUUUCACCUCCCAAAUCUCUGAAGAAAGUUUCUCCUCCACAAUCUUCUUCGUCCAGUGCAACAUACUCUCCGUCCGGUUCGCUUUACGCGUCUGCCGAAUCACCACCGUAUGCGGCUGUGAAUCGGCUGAAUUGCUCGCCGGUUUCUCUAGGGUUUCCGAUUGGUGUUCGAAAUGGGGUGGUGAAAGGUGGAUGUUACACGGGGCAAUUACAUGGAAGCCCUAGAUUCCUCUAUCGCUUCGGGAAUAAUUAUUGUCAAUGA